AUGUUGUACACAUUGCAUUUGUCUUUCCGAUUUCUUUUAUCUCUCAACCCCUUUCCAGCCAUUUUCUUUUCUACUGACUCCCUACUGUUGGUCCAUUUUCUUGUAUCUCUCAAAACCUGUGCAUCCAUUUUCUUUCCUUCUGUCUUCCUACUCCUGUUCAUCAAUUUUCUUUUCUCCUUUCUCCCUACUCCUGUUCAUCCGUUUUCUUUCCUUCUACCCCCCCACUUCUCUCUAUCCAUUUUCUUUCCUUUUAUCUCCACACUCCUUUCCAUCCGUUUUCUUUCCUUCUAUCCACCCCCACUUCUCUCCAUUCAUUUUCUUUUUUUCUAUCUCCCUUCUCCUGUCUAUUCACUUUCUUUGCUUCUAUGCCCUUCUCCUGUUCAUCUAUUUUCUUUCUUUCUACCUCCCUACUCCUCUCUGUUCAUUUUCUUUCUUUCUACCUCCCUACUCCUCUCUGUUCAUUUUCUUUCUUUCUACCUCCCUACUCCUCUCUGUUCAUUUUCUUUCUUUCUACCUCCCUACUCCUCUCUGUUCAUUUUCUUUCUUUCUACCUCCCUACUCCUCUCUGUUCAUUUUCUUUCUUUCUACCUCCCUACUCAUCUCUGUUCAUUUUCUUUCUUUCUACCUCCCUACUCAUCUCUGUUCAUUUUCUUUCUUUCUACCUCCCUACUCAUCUCUGUUCAUUUUCUUUCUUUCUUUCUUUUCAUUCUUAGAAAUAUUUGCCACAAUGAUCAAGGGUUUGUUGAUAGAGGAUAUUUUUUUAAAACUGUUUUUCUUCUUUCUCUUUGCAGCUUCCUUCAGUAUGGCAGCUUCCCCAUCAUCAAAGUCAAUAAUAAAACAUUCCCAGAAAAUUUUUAUCUCAAGCGCACUUUUUCUGAACGGUUCAUCCUGCGAUCAGACAACAGGACGACAGUCAUCAAUAUGGAUGCUCCCAGAGCAGGACCAUGGUUUGCAGCAGCAUUUCUACCGACACCCAAUCAAAAGAUACAACAGAAGGGCAUCCUGUCAAAAUGCAAAUAUUCAGUACGGGGCAUGCUGGUUACUCAAACACGGAAAGGCUAUCAUGAAGUCCACUCUGACACCAUUAUACGGACCACCCUAAUGUUGGAUUCCACUCACACUUUCUUUUUUCUUCUCCCAUCCUCAUUUAUCCAUUUCUUUUUCUUUUUCUCCUUUUCAAUCUCUUUGACUCUAUAUUUUCCCUUCUUAUUACAGCUCUACUUUUCAUUUAUUUUUGUUUUGCUUCUCCUUCCCUCUCUUUUUCAUUUCUUUUUUUAUCCCUUUAUUUAUUUUUUCUUUAUUAUUCUUUCUGUUUUUCUCUUCUUUCUCAUAAUCUGCCUCCUUCUCUUUUACUGUUUUUUCUUUUCUCUCUUCUCCCCUCUCUCUCUCGCUUUUAAUUUUCAUCUCUCUCCAUUUUAUAUUUCUCUCUCUUUCUCUUUCAUUACAAUGGACCUUUUUAUAUUUUCUUACUUUCUUUAUUUUUUGAUUUCAUCUGUUCAUUUUAUUCUCAUUUAUCAUCAACUUUAUUUCCUACCCUCCCUUUAUGCUUUUUCUCUCAUAUUCUUACUCUUGUUAUUUUUCUCUUUCUUUCUACUCUCCUUUAGUAUUUCUCUUCUCACUCACUCACUCACUCACUCACUCUCCUCUCUCUGUCUUGUUUUUAUUCUUUCUACUGUGAAACUUCUUUUAUCUCUGAUAAUUUCUUUCAUCUUUGUAAAUCCUUCUUUUCAUCUUGCACACUUUUUCUUUUCUUUUUGA